UGGAGAAACUACAGCGAUAAACAAAGCCUCUGACCGCGCAGGGUUUGAACACAGGCCAAUAUGUUCUCUCGUUCACUCAGGAGGUUCAGUUCAUCGUUUGAUCAGCCUAAGUCUUAGCAGUCAGCCAAUGCCAUGGCGGACAGAACACUCCCUCCCCAAGUGGAGGGGCCGUCACAGGGUCGCCUUGAUAUGAUAGUAGGUCGUCCAUCUUUGUUCCCUGCUCCCAAAGCAACGCAAACCUUUGUCUUCACAUUCAGGUGGUGGGGGGACACGCAACCCUGUGUAUUACGGCUUCCUCCACACAAAAGCGAAGUAAGAAUUGUUUAUCACAUAACAUGCAGCCCUCGGUCCUUCCGUCAGUAUCUUCUGGAUGCUGGAAGCCUGCAUGUGAGUCUCAGGAUAGAAGGCUCUGGGAAGACGCACGAUAUGGAGGAGGACCAUCAAUUAAACAAUGAAUUGCAGAAUCUGAAAAAAUCUGGAAUAGAAACCCCAAGACAAAAGUUGCUAAGAAGGCAGCUGCGUCUCAAGAAGGGCUGGCAAGAUGGGGAUGUUGUUGGGAGCUUUAUGUUGCCAGACAUGAAGCUGAACACUAGAGGUGACUAUGUCCGGGAAUGCAGGAUAGUCGACUCCUCUGCUGAUAUUGUUGGCACGAUUGUGGUGACGCUGGUAUUUCUCGAAGGGAGUUUGGAUGACUUUCACCACCUCAAAAUAUCAAACGAUGAACAAACAUCACCAAAUGACAAGAGCAGUGAAACAAAACCCAAAGCUAGGCCCUCGGGAAUCCCAGUGAGGGAGACUCAUGCUAGUAAAAUUCCCAAGAAUGUCAAUGAAGGAUACAGACCAAGGAGUAGAAGUAGUAGCUUCAGGAAUUCGCCAAGAUCGAAGAGUGAGCCACUGAAGUCUCCCAGGAAGCAGCAAGGGGAACACCUCAUCCAAGGUUACCAGGGGAAGGAAAACGAGGCUCCACCAAGAAUGAGGGAGGCCAAGGGGAGUCAGCCAAUGGAGAGCCAAGAGCCCCAGGUUGUGCUGCGGAGAGGGAGGGGUGAGAACCAGUCUCUCAUCAGGGAACGGCCAGCAAGUUGGGGUCUGUAUCCUCUGUUAAAUGGGGCGGAUCCAUAUUCCUUAGUUGCCAUCUCCUACCUGUGUGGAUUCUCGUCCCAACUCCUCCAUCACCAUUCCAGACGUGAAACUGGCCUAAACACCUGCACCUCUCCACAACGUUUUCAUCUACUUGAGUCUGGAGCUGUGAAGAAGGAAGAUCUUCCUAUCCUUAUGCAGGUCUUGGAGGGUAGAUCGCCUAGUCUUGAUCUCUCCAACCUUGACCCAGACACACAGAAACUCCUUGAGGGACUAGACCUGUCCAUGAGCUUCUCAGGAAUCAGCACCACAUCCUCAGGGAGAAGCUUCUCCAGGGGUGACACCUCAGGAAUGGAGAAGCAGGGAGAGAAACCCAGGUCACAGGGGUUCUCUGUCUUUAAGGGGAAUGAACAGGAUGCGAUCAGCUUCUCAGGCAUGUCCAUGACAUCAGGAAUAUGGCCGUUGGAGAGGGUUGAGGAAGGCCAGGGCAGUAAACCAGUGCUGCAGGAAAGGGUACAGCCCCAUGCAAGUCCAAGGGCUGCUAGGAGGCUCAGUCAAAUUGGCAGUGCAAAAUCAAAGAUACCAAUGAGCCAUGCAGGAUCCAAGAGCCCAGGGACGGCUUGUCGAUCCUUGCUGUCAAGGCCAACUGCAGAGAGGACCAUUUCAGCUGCAGCCAGAGAUGCUUCAUUCACCUCAAAGGAUG